CUGCAUCUACAAGUAUAUUAUUCUGUACAAGUGUAUAUCGUUGUAUAUCACUGUAUAAUAUAAUAAGAUAUAGAGAUGGCUGCACCAUCAUCUCUCGUCUACGACGACAAUAUCCCGGCGCAGAGCCAGGAUGCUCUCCCCUCCGAUGGCGAGGGCGACCGCGCUCAGAACGAGGCUGUCGAUGAUGCGGCUUUAUUGAAAACGAUGGGUUAUAAACCUGUCCUGCAUCGGACAUACACGCUUUUUGAGAAUUUUGCGACGACGUUUGCUGCGCUGUACUUUGUCGGUGGCGUCCGAGUAACAUUCAGCACUGGUAUCGCUGCCGGUGGGAACCUAGCCUACUGGACAAGUUACCUCGUAACAAUGGUAUUCACAUACAUCACGGCCGCAGUUAUUGCAGAAGUAUGCUCUGCUUCGCCGUCCGCUGGCUCGAUCUAUCUCUGGGCUGCGGAGGCUGGAGGACCACGGUUUGGGCGGUUGUUGGGGUUUAUUGUUGCUUGGUGGAGUACGACUGCUUGGACGACGUUUUGUGCUAGUAAUACGCAGAGUGCGGCGAACUAUCUGUUAUCGGAAAUGACGGUAUUCAACGUCGACUUUCCCACCGAGACGACGGACGUCAAGUUCCGGACUCUACAGUGGAUCGUCACAGAAGUCCUCCUCGCCUUCGCUGCCCUGCUAAACUUCAUGCCUCCCCGCGUCUUCCGCUGGGUCUUCUACUUCUCCUCCUUCGUCGUCCUCCUCGACUUUUUCCUAAACCUAAUCUGGCUCCCCAUCGGCACAGCCAACACCUGGGGCUUCCGCACCGCCGAAGAAGCCUUCAUGACAACCUACAACGGCACCGGCGCCCCUGCGGGCUGGAACUGGUGUUUGUCAUAUUUGGCUACGGCGGGUGUGCUGAUUGGGUUUGAUGCGUCGGGGCAUGUCGCUGAGGAGACCAAAAAUGCGAGUAUUUCGGCGGCGAGGGGGAUCUUUUGGAGUACGGUUGUUAGUGGGGUCGGGGGGUUGGCUACGGUUAUUCUUUUCCUUUUUUGUGCGCCUGAUCCCACGACGCUGUUCUCGUUUGGUUCGCCUCAGCCGUUUGUUCCACUUUAUGCUGUGGUUCUUGGCCGGGGAGGACAUAUCUUUAUGAACGUCAUCUGCAUCCUCGCCCUAUGGCUAAACACGGCAGUAGCAAUAACAGCCGCCUCCCGCCUUGUCUUUGCCGUAGCCCGCGACGGCGUCCUCCCCUUCAGCUCAUGGGUCUCCCGCGUGCACUCGGGCCAACCCCGCAAUGCCGUAAUCGUCGUCUGGGUCGUCGCCGCAAUCAUCACCUGCACGCUCCUCGCGUCCAACGUCGCUUUCACAUCGCUCGUCUCGGCGGCUGGUGUACCUAGCGCUGCUGCUUAUGGACUCAUUUGUCUUGGUAGAUUGGUUUGUACUCCUAAGAGGUUUCCGAAGCCGCAGUGGAGUUUGGGGAGGUGGAGUAAGAUUUUCCAGUUUAUUGGUGUUUUUUGGAAUGGGUGGGUUGUUGCGGUGUUGUUUUCGCCGUAUGAGUUUCCGGUGUCUGGAGAGAAUUUGAAUUAUGCACCGAUUAUCAUGGCCGCGGUUACUAUCCUCGCACUAGUUUCAUACUUUAUCAUGCCCGAGGAAUCGUGGUUGCCAAGGAACCGCAUCUCGCAUUUCAUCGAUAGCAAGGGUGUCGCUGGUGUGCAGGAGACGGUUGAGGAGAUUCAUACUGGUCGAGACCAGGGUGAGGGUCAAGCAGAGAGUGAGGGCGAGGGAGAGGGACGUGAACAGACGCAGGCGGGACCGUCUGGGUCGAAAUGAUGUUGAUGAUGGUGCAUGCAUAUGUGAUAUGUAAAACUUCUUUCUUGUUUGUUGGAUAUUAAAAGUGAUAUUUGGAUAGUUAGAUUAGAUGAUGUAUGUAUGUAUAUUUCAUUCAUGCAUCUGUCAGCCAUAUGGGCCGAUUGGCGGCAGGUCACUGUAGGUGGCUAAGCAUGGCCACAAAUUUUAUAUGUAUAUACAGGAUAUAGAGCCCGUGAACUUCUGACCCGAUUCGGCAGACUGUCUCGUUUUUAAUAUACAGAUACAAAAGCCAUUUCCUUACACCACAUAUGGGGCUCGUCCCUCAUUGCAGAUACACCUUUCAAACACAGGCCAAGAGAUAAUAAGUAUACUGCAAUAUCCUUGGGCCAUGUCAGUACAUGACUUUGUCUGUAUUCCCCUCCCAUCCAGGCUCAGGCCCCCCUACUAGAGGUGUAGGGUACGACGAGCAUCCGUGGUAAAUG